AUGGGCACCGGCCUCGCGGGGGACGCCGAUCUGGAGCCGGGCCCUCAGCACCGCGGCCGCGCGAGCGGUGCCAAGACCGGGCGGGCGGCGCCGGCGCACUCCGGGCACCGAGCCUGCAAAAGGGGCCCCGGGCGAGCGGCCGGCCCCCUCGCAGACGGCGGGCAGCGGGCGCCGCGGCCGCCGCCCCGGGGCUCCUCGGCCGACCCGCCGGCCGCCGCCGCCUCCGCUCUCGGCCCGCUCCCGCCGGGGCCCCGACCCGAGCCCCGGAGGCGCUCGCUCUCCCCGGCCGCGCGACCCGGCGCCAUGGAGCCCGGCGCGGGGGCCCGGACGGCCGAGCCCGGCGCGGCGCGGGAAGCCGGCGCGCGCUACGGCGACGGCAGGAAGAAGAUGGCGGCGGCCGUGGCGGCGGCGGCGGCGGCGGCGGCCUCUCACGCGCCGCUGACGCCAAUGGCGCGCGCCGGCCGGCGGGCCGCGGAUGGCGGCGGCAGCGGCGGCGGCGGCGGCGGCCCGGGCUCCGCCGAGGGGCGGGGCGAGCCGGGGUGGGGGCCGGCCGGAGGCGGAGGCCGGGCGGGAGGCUGGAGGGAGGCGGUGGGGACGGUGUGUGGUGCUCGCAACAUGGCGGGCGUCGGCGACGCGGCCGCCCCGAGAGAAGGCGGCGGGGGUGGCGGCGGCGGCGGCGGCGCGGACGGCCCGGAGCGGGAUGGCCGCGGCGAGGCGGAGCAGCCGGGCGGCGGCGGCGGCGGUCACGGGCCCCCGCCGGCGCCUCAGCACACGGAGACGCUGGGCUUCUACGAGAGCGACCGGCGGCGGGAGCGGCGCCGCGGCCGCGCAGAGCUUUCAUUGUUGAGGUUCCUCAGUGCUGAACUAACCAGAGGGUACUUCCUUGAACAUAACGAGGCCAAGUAUACAGAAAGAAGAGAAAGAGUAUACACGUGUAUGCGAAUACCAAGAGAAUUGGAAAAGCUCAUGGUUUUUGGAAUCUUUCUGUGUCUGGAUGCAUUUCUGUAUGUGUUCACCCUGCUUCCUUUAAGAGUUUUCCUGGCGCUAUUCAGGCUCUUCACGCUGCCUUGCUAUGGCUUAAGGGACAGACGCUUGCUUCAGCCUGCCCAGGUGUGUGACAUCUUGAAGGGCGUCAUUUUGGUCCUCUGCUAUUUUAUGAUGCACUAUGUGGACUACUCCAUGAUGUAUCACCUGAUUAGGGGGCAGUCUGUCAUCAAGCUCUACAUCAUCUACAACAUGCUCGAGGUAGCAGACCGUCUGUUUUCAUCAUUUGGACAAGAUAUAUUAGAUGCUCUCUACUGGACAGCAACAGAGCCCAAAGAAAGAAAAAGAGCCCACAUUGGGGUGAUUCCUCACUUUUUCAUGGCUGUUCUCUAUGUCUUCUUGCAUGCAAUCCUUAUAAUGGUUCAAGCAACAACCCUCAACGUGGCCUUUAACUCGCACAACAAGUCCCUGCUGACUAUCAUGAUGUCUAAUAAUUUUGUUGAAAUUAAAGGAAGUGUUUUCAAGAAGUUUGAAAAGAACAAUCUUUUUCAAAUGUCAAAUAGCGAUAUUAAAGAACGGUUCACAAAUUAUGUGCUUUUGCUAAUAGUGUGUCUAAGAAACAUGGAACAGUUUUCUUGGAAUCCAGAUCAUCUCUGGGUGUUGUUUCCAGAUGUCUGUAUGGUGGUUGCAUCAGAAAUUGCUGUGGAUAUUGUAAAACACGCCUUUAUCACAAAGUUCAAUGACAUUACUGCAGAUGUCUACAGUGAAUAUAGAGCCAGCCUUGCUUUUGACCUUGUUAGCAGUCGACAGAAAAAUGCGUACACUGAUUACAGUGACUCCGUGGCACGGAGGAUGGGGUUUAUUCCUCUCCCACUGGCUGUUUUGCUCAUCAGAGUUGUAACAAGCUCAGUUAAAGUGCAAGGAAUCCUGUCUUAUGCCUGUGUCAUACUCUUCUAUUUUGGGUUGAUUUCCCUGAAGGUGCUGAACAGCAUUGUCCUGCUGGGAAAAUCAUGCCAAUACGUGAAGGAAGCCAAAAUGGAAGAAAAGUUGUUUAACCCUCCCCCAACCUGCACUCCCGGGAAACCGUCCAGUAAAUCACAAAAUAAAUGUAAACCUUCUCAAGAAGAAAACCUGUCUGCUUCGGUGACCAGCCAGCCUGUUCAUCACAAGGAAAACGUCAUACCACUGCUUGUGACUAGCAAUUCCGAUCAGUUUCUGACAACUCCAGAUGGUGACGAGAAGGACAUAACGCAGGAAAACUCUGAAUUAAAACACAGAUCCUCAAAGAAAGAUUUGCUCGAGAUAGACAGGUUCACAAUUUGUGGGAACCGAAUUGACUGAACGCUGCAGCUCUGGGUGCCAAAAUGCAGAGUCCCGGGCAGCCAAUGCUGUACCACCAGGACGGACAGAUGCUGAACAUGGCACUUAAAUAUUUAUUUAAGAACUUAAAUUAUUGAUGGAAAGCAAAUCUCAGUGUCCUCCUUCCAGUGACAUGGUCUGGCAGAAGGCUGGGUCACGUGAGUUAGCCAGCAGUGGCCUCCGGCCUUGACUCUCUGGAAACCUUGAUGGGCUUGGUGAAGCGGCAGAGUCACUCCGGGCCCAGCGGGAGCAGCACCGACAGCGCUUGGGCUUUGCCAAUCUCUGCUUCCAGAAGAUCGGAGUUUGCCGUGAGUCCUCUUCAGUGUAAGGAUGUACCUGGAAAACCGCGAAGCUCUUACCACGAUGCUCCCUUUCCAGCCUCAUUCUGUUUCCACAGUUUUCAAACGUCACUUCAUCUGCCAAAGCAUUAAAAAAAUAAUAAUAAUUGAACUUAAGUCAAGAUAAAUGUUCUUACCGCCAGAAUAAUCUUUGAAGAUGUAUCUGAAUUAAUCAGAAUAAAAAGCUACUUAAAUAAGACAUGAUGAAUAGUAGCAUUUUAUAGAGGGGAAAAAAAAACCCUAAGCCAGUUAAUUUAAAAAAAUAUUAAUUAAUGAAGGUUAUGCAUCACUAAGAAAAUGUUUCAUAAUUUUUCAGUUUACUCUUUAGAGAAAAACAUGAGCUGUGUAUUGUUUAAUUGCAGUGGAUAAAAUAGGAAUUCUCAUACAGAAAGGUAUGCUGAAAAAGCAGAGCAGUGUUAACUUUAAUGUAUAGUUACCUGGUUUCACUUUAAAAUUAAUUACGUCCUAAACUGUUACAGUAAAAGGAUUUGGUGUCAAGCAGGCUGAAGAACUGUCAAUGUACAGAGUUCAAAGGUGUCACCUUUAACUGGGUUUUACAAGUAACGGUUUUAAAGUCAGCCUUCUAGUGGAUGGGGUAUCGUCUUGUUUGAGCUUCUAGAAUGCACUGGUCUGUCUGUCUGUCUGUCUGUGUGUCUGCUCCCGGGCGGGUCUGUGUUGCGUGGGGAGGCGUGGCUCUCAGGUGCGCCUGUGCCGGAGGUGGGCAGGUGUGUGGGGAAAGGGAAAUGGGGUGUUUGGGGCGUGUGGGUGGCUCUCUGGGUGUGAGCAGGUGUUUGUGUGGCAAUGUUGGGAACCGCCACCAAAAGGUGCUUUUGGGUUUUGUGAUCAAGAUUCCAUUUCUGCUUAAUGACCAUCAUAAGAUGGGUUCUUUUCCACCACAUUUUAUCUUGAGGAACCUUUCUGCAUUUUUAUAAAAAUUUUACAGGGUCUAAUAUCAGAAUGUCCGGUGUUACCAUUAACUCUUACUCCCUUUGAUGUUUUCAUUUCGAAGUUCAGCUCUCGUGCUGAUAUUUCCAGCAUGUGAUAUGCAGAAGGUAAAUUUUAGCUGAUUUGUCUGUUUCCUGGGUGAAAUGUAAAAGCAAGCUUUAAUGCUUUGGCUUGUUCCUCUGAAAAACAAAAGUGAAUUUUAAUGUUUUUCAUUAAAGCUAAAGGAAUCUGGAGGUUAAUGUUCACAUAGGGUAAAAAAGAAAAUUACACAGAAAUGCUUUUGUGAAACCAGGAAUUAUUUUACGUUAAAAAAGGAAAAACUUUGAAUUGCUUUGUGUAUGUUUCAAUGAAGACCUGUUUUAGAAUUAGGAUUCUUUUUUCCAUCUUCUCUUUAUCACCAUAAGGAACAGUGUCCACGAAGAAUGGGAAUAGUUUGGGGAAAACUUUGCCAAACAUAGCCCUGAUCAGAGCAAAAAAAUAUGAUUUGGGUAUAUCUUUCAAUUCAGCUUGAAUUACUCUGUUACUGUGCUGUCAUUUUUGAAAGAUUUUUUUUUUUUUUUGCAGAGUAUAUUGGGAGCUUGGAAUGAUGUUCAUUUUCUUCUGUUAAAAUGGCAUUCAGUACUAAUUUUAUAAGUGCAUCUUGUGUGAAACUCAAUAAAUUCAAUUUUAUAAUCUU